UGACUAGGUAGCUCAGCCGAACGGGAGCUCAGGGAGGGGCGCGGCGUUCUCGGCGACGCGCUUCAGUCAAAUCUGUGACGUUCGGGGUGCGGCGAUGCCGGGGGCGCUUCUGCUGCUGGCGGCCACGGGGGUCGCCCUCGUUGUGGCCUUUCUGCUGCUUCUCUACCUCGUGUUGCCGGUGAACCAUCCCAAACCUCUGUCGUUGUCCGGGGCUCACGUUGUGGUAACUGGUGGUUCCAGUGGCAUUGGGAAAAGCGUUGCUAUUGAGUGCUUCAAGCAAGGUGCUUUUAUAACACUGAUUGCAAGAAAUGAGAAACGUCUCUUGGAGGCCAAGAGAGAAAUUGAGAAGUUCUCAGUUAAUGAUAAGCAGGUUGUGCAUUCUAUUUCUCUUGAUGUUUCCAAAGACUAUGCAAAUGUGGAGAAGUUGCUCAAACAAGCUCAAGAAAAGUUGGGUCCUGUUGACAUGCUUGUUAACUGUGCUGGAAUAUCAGUAAAUGGAAAAUUUGAAGAUAUUGAUACCUAUAGGUUUGAGCAAUUAAUGGCUGUCAACUACCUGGGUAGUGUUUACCCAACUCGUGCAGUAGUUACUAAGAUGAAGGAGAGAAGAAUGGGGCGGAUUGUGUUUGUCUCAUCUCAGGCUGGACAAGUUGGUGUAUUUGGCUAUUCAGCUUAUUCUGCAACAAAAUAUGCUCUUAGAGGAUUAGCUGAAUCUUUACAAAUGGAGGUAAAGCCAUAUAAUAUCUGUGUAACUAUUGCCUAUCCUCCAGAUACAGAAACACCUGGCUUUGUAGAGGAAAGUCAGAGCAAGAUUUUAGAAACCAAGCUUAUUUCAGAAUCGUCAUCAAUCUGCCAACCUGAUUACGUUGCCAGAAUUAUCGUUAAGAAUGCUGUUCAAGGAAAAUUUACUAGUUCUUUUGGUGUUGAUGGUCACAUGCUGAGAAUAUUGACUAAUGGAAUGGCACCAGUCUCUUCCAUUGCUGAAAUCCUAGAAUCAGUUAUCUUCUUGGGCAUUUUUCGCUUAGUUAGCCUAUAUUUUAUAGCAGGUUUUGACAGCAUUGUUCGCCGUUGCUUGGUAGAAAGAGAGAAAUCUGAAAAGACAGACUGAAGCAGAACAAUGCUUUGAACUGAGUCCUGUUUCAAAAGAUGGACAAUUUGUUGUUAAAUAGGACCAUGCCUGUCAUGUGAAUAUGCCUCACAGAAAUAUACAUGCCGAAGGGAUGGUAAUCUUCAGUGGUGAAAGAAGGAAACAAAUGAACAAUUCCAGAAAAAGUGCUAAUGAAGAAGGUUGCUGUUUUUAUAUUCUGUUAUUUGAAAUAAUAGAUUGUUGCCUUAGAAAGAAUUUAUGAAAGACAGAGCUUCAGAGUGCCCUUUUUGCUGAUAAUUAUGCACAAAUAUAUUGUUUUAGCAGUGUUGAAGGAUUUGUUCAAUUGUUUACUCCAAAGCAGGAGUAAACAAUCUGGUUUCUUCUAGAUGUUGAGGACUACAGUUUCCAUAGCUUUCUGCCAUUGGCCAUGCCGUUUCCCCUCCCCUUCAAAAAAACCUGGAGAAUAUAGGGUUGGCUAACUAAAUCUAAGAUACAGUUAACUUAUUGAGAGGACCCAAUUCAUGCAUUAUUCUGUCAGUGUAGUUUUGGCUGGGCACCUGCAUGGGCUUCUCAUAGCUGGCUACCAAUGCAAAAUGGUUCUAAUGAUUAGGGCAAAUUUAAUCUUAGAAGCAAAACUGGCAACAAAUAAAAGUAUUUUGCCUUGGAUAAUAUAUAAAUUGUAUCAAAGUCUUCCUGUGAUAAUUUUCAGUGUCAUGUAUGGCUUUGUUGUCAGAGUAUAUUUUCAGUACAAUGUGGGCUGAAUAGAAACAUAGCUCCAAACCCUUGUUUUGCAGCUCCCAGGAGUCAUGCGAUUGAAUUGUCUGCCCAUGCUGAUGCUUUAAAUAAACAAAAGCUCUCCUUUUACAAUUUAAGUUGUAGUUCGUUAUGUGAAGACGACUAUAUCAAGUUGGAGAGCCAGUCUUUCAACCCAUCUAUAGGAAAGUUCCAUUGGAUUUAAUAUACCAGUCAAGAAUUGGUAGGUUUCCUCCUAUGAGUUCUUGAGACCUGGUCUAAUAAAAUAUGGUAAUUAAUCUUUUCUGCUCUUAAGUGCAUAGUUUUGUGAAGUAUUCAUUCUGUUUUAUUAAGCACUGUACCUUGAUGGCAGAGUUUUAUUAACAUGUUCCUAAGUUCCCUGUGUGGGAGCAAUGAAGAAUGCUUUAACUGUAAUAAAUCUUCGGGAAAAAUGAAGGACCCAUUACGCACUGAGAAACUGGGAUGUGUGUUUUUUCUGUUUAUGCCUUAUGACCUGACUAUAAAUCAAACAAAUGUAAAGUGUUAGUA